AGACGUUAUAAUGUUGACAAACUGUUUAUUGUUUCCAAAGUGCAACAUGAAUACCGUGCCAGACAAUUGGAUAAUUCAUGGACUGUGGCCUUCUAAUUUUACUGGAGCCAAUCCUAGGAACUGCAGUAGCUUUUUUGACGUGUCCCAAAUUCCUCAGGGAUAAGCAAUGGAGGAUGCACGGGUCAUGUGCAGAAAGUGUACCAGGCGUGCAGAAUAUCGGUGAAUACUUCACCAAAGUUAUUACAUUAGCUAAUAUGUAUAACAUAAAAGAGAUUCUUAACAGCAGCGGUAUAACUGAGGGAAAUGGAAAUCAGUACCAGUACCCUACUGCAACUAUACAGGAUGCCAUAGUUCUUAAGACAACCAAGUUAAGCAAAAUAAUAGGAUUAAAACCCAAGUGUACUAAAGAUUGGUUGUUGUUUGAGAUCCGGAUAUGCUUCGACAAACAGUUUAAGGUGAUCAACUGUCCCAAUGUUACAAAUUCAACACGGAAAUUGAGAUACCCGAGUAAACCUUCUCCAGCAGCACAGGCUCUUAGAUGUGAUAUAUCAUCUAAUGGCCACUCAACAAGCCAAUUCUUAUCACUGAUUGCAUUUUUGAUUGCAAUCCUCUCCUUCCUGUUGUUCAUAGUUUGAACAAAGUUUGGAGCUUCAACUUUUUUUUAUAUAAUCUGUGCCGCUUUGAAUAUAAUCUAUGUGUAAUAUGUUUUAUAGAAAAAUGACAAUAAUAUGUAACAAUCUAUGUUUUAAUUUGAGAUAAAGUUUUUAGUUGAUUUAAGUACCAUGAAUUUAACCUGUCAAAUUUACCAUCUAAAAUAUGUCUAAACUUUUCUGAAUUCGACAGGAAUGUUAGAAGCGUUAUAUUUUUUAUAAUGUGAUUGAAAGUACUCUUUGCUCAAAUACAGACCCUUAAGCUGAUAACUUAAGAUGCAACUGUCACAUGUUUUUUUCAACCAUACAAUACCAUAUUUAACUGUAUGUGUGUAGUUUCAAUGACAAAUAACGUACGUAAUUAAUAUAGGAUAAAUUAUUAACUCUUGGAAAUAGCAAUGCUUGUAUAAAUAUCAAACUAUAUUGGAAAACGUUUUCAGUAUCAUUUAAGUGUUUGUAUAUCCAAUUGUCUGUCUUUUCGUUGUAUUUUAAGUUUUUUAGGUCACCUGAGUCACUCAAUUGCCCCCAAACUAAAAUGUGAAAAUCAUAGUCUUUGGAACAGAGGUCCAGGUCCUAGGACGGGGCUAAUAUGGCCACAUACUGUAGUUUCAUUAAUAUUCGAGGGUAUCAAUUAUCGUGGAUAAAGUGAAAAUCACAGUUUCAGGGAUACGUACAUUCGUGGCCAAUGACCCUAUCAAUACAAAAUAUCAAUAGAAAUUGCACUUCAAAGAACAGUUAAUUUCGUGGAUCAACUAAAUAACGAAAUCCACGAAAAUUGGUAUUCAACGAAUAUUGAUGAAACCACAGUAGUAAAAAUGUAUUAGAUGUUAGAAAAAUACCUUCUCUAUCCCAUUCAUAGGUUCAGACCCUAUGGUAUAACCAGUAUUGCCAUUUAGUGAAAAUAUAUUGGAUCUUAAAAAAUAAUCUCUAUAUUCCUAUAAAAAUUCGGGGCGUCAUGGCUAAAAAUGCAAAAAUACCUCUUCCCUUCUCCAACACCUGUGGGGAAAAACUAAAUGCAGGGAUACAAUGUCCCUGGUCCCCAACCAAAAUUGUGAAAUUUAUGGCCAUAGGGUCAGGGGUUCUGGCCCUACGGUUGGACCAAUAUGACCGUAAAGUGAAAAUGUUUAAGAUCUCAUACACGUUUGUGAAAACAUUAAUGCAUGGUUAUGAUGUCCACGAGGCCCCCGGCCUGAAUUGUGAAAAUCAUGGCCUCUGGAACAGAUGUUCUCUAUUCAAAAAAUAUUUUUCUGUAUUCCUAUACAUAUUUGAGAAAAAUAAAUGCGAUUAUUCUGCUGGGGGGGGGGGGUGUUGUUGCACUAUCAUUGUCCUCGGAGAUAACGUCAUGCAUUGUUCUUAUGUUCAUAAUGCCUUUAUGUUAAAUUGUGAAAUCUACUGCCCAUGUUAUGAAUCAGAAGUUAAGGCUUUUUAUCAGGGAGGAGGUGAUAAAUAUGACCAUAUAUUGAACCGACAUUUUUCUUAUGGAAAUCGCUGUUUGUCUUCCAUAGCAAAUAUAAGCAUCUAAUAACAAAAGUUUGGUAACAGUCAGAGGAAUCUCAGAUUAGGGUUUAGGCUCAAAUAUGAAGCUUAAAAUGCAGACAUGAGACUCUGACAUGACAAACUAAGUGCUAUGGUACUCAUGUGACAGUCAAAGCCUGUGGGCUUCUAGUUGAUUAUACAAAUGCCUACAUAUGUAUUUUAUAUGUUCUCAAUUUUUUGUGACCGCUUUACAUAUCCUUAACAGUGAUUUAAAGAAAUAGAUUGUAUUGAAAGUGUCAGAAUACAACAGUUAUUGCUACGAAUGAUAGAAAUUGUUGUUCAUUAGAUGGAUUAUCUAUGUUUAUUAAAUAUUCUUUACCCUGAAAAGGUGUAUUUUUUUAUUUAUCCAAAUAAGGCGUGAAACACAUUUUUAUUCAUAAUUACUUUACAUUGACUAUUGCAAAUUUGUCUGACGAGAAUGUAUACAUCAUUUCGCUAACGGCACAAUAUAAUCAUAAUUGUUAAGAUUAUGAGUUUGUGCAGUUUUCAAAAUUCAAGAUUGUUUUUGUAAAAUUUAU